GCCCUCCCGCACCGCCGAUGACGACCUCCUGGGAGCGCUUCCGCGCCCGGUGGCUCCGAAAUAAGUCAUCGACGUCCUUCGACAACCCGAAACUCGACGCUCUCGUCGCCGCCGCCUUCUUCUGCGACGCACGAGACGUGAAAACCAUCGCGCAGACGUCAAGAACAGCACAACGAGCAGCGAAACGCAUCACGAAACGCAUCCGCGUUGACGUCACGCGCGGCUGCGCGCGCCAGCCCGUGCCCGUCGUCGGCGGCGCCGGCUUCCCGCGCGGCUUCCGCUACGCGAGCCGCGUCGUCGCGCCGCCGGGCUACGACGACUUCCGGGAGCGGCCGCGCGGCGACGUGCACGCGCCGGUCGCCGUCGCGUGGCUCGCGGCGCACGGCUGCUGGGGCCUCGUCGCCGCCGCGGACCUCGAGGCCGACACGCGCGUCUGCGACUACGCGGGCGCGCUCGUGUCGCGCGCGGCCGCGCGGCGCCGCGAGGCGGACGACGCCGCCGCGGGCCGGCCGCUCGCGCUCUGCUCCGCGUCCGCGCGAUCGUCCGCCGAGGACCUCGACGAGGGCCAGGUCGAGAUCCCCGACGACGACGCCGACGGCGCGGGCUCCUCCGCCGACUCGGGCGCGGGCUUCCGGUUCCGCUGGCGCACGCUCUGGGCGUUCACGGGCCCGGGCUUUUUGAUGUCGCUCGCGUACCUCGACCCGGGCAACCUCGAGGCGGACCUGCAGCAGGGCGCCUACACGAACUACACGCUGCUCUGGGUCCUGUUCUGGGCGACGGCGCUCGGGCUCCUGCUCCAGGAGAUGGCCGCGCGGCUCGGCGUCGUCACGGGCAAGACGCUCGCGGAGGCGGCGCGCGCCGAGUAUCCGCUCGCGACGUCCUACGUCCUCUACGCGAUGAUGGAGCUCGCGAUCAUCGGCAGCGACAUCCAGGAGGUGUUAGGGAGCGCCAUCGGGCUGAACAUCUUGUGCGGUUUGGAGCUCUGGGUCGGGUGCCUCGUCACGGGCCUCGACACGUUCACGUUCCUGGCCGUGCACCACCUCGGCGUGCGCAAGCUCGAGGCGCUCGUCGCGACGCUCAUCGCGACGAUGGCCGCGUGCUUCUUCGUGAACUGGGGCGAGGCGGACACGGACGGCGCCGCGCUCGCGGAGGGCCUCGCGCUGCCGCUCAUGAAGUCGUACAUGCUCACGCAGGCCGUCGGGACGAUCGGCGCCGUCGUCAUGCCCCACAACCUCUACCUGCACUCGGGCUUGGUGAAGUCGCGCGACGUCGACCGGAGCAAGGUCGCCAAGGUCCGCGAGGCCGUCUUCUACAACUGCCUCGAGUCGGCGCUCGCGCUCGCCGUGAGCUUCGUCAUCAACGUCGCCGUCGUCGCGACGUUCGCGGACUUCUUCUACGACGGCGCGUGCGCGGCGGGCUCGCUCGCGCGCGUGCCCCGCGAGUCGGUCUCGGACCACGAGAGCCCCUGCCACUCGCGCCUCUUCGACGACGCGGUCUGCGCGGAGAUCGGCCUGGCCGUCGCCGCGCCGGCGCUGCGCGAGGUGCUCGGCCGCUUCGGCAAGGUCAUGUGGGGCCUCGGCUUGCUCGCCGCGGGCCAGGCGUCGACGAUGACCGCGACGUUCGCGGGCCAGUUCGUCAUGAGCGGCUUCCUGCGGCUCGACAUCGCGCCGUGGAAACGCGUCGCGAUCACGCGCGCCGCGGCGCUCGGGCCCGCGGUCGCGGUGGCCCUGUCGACGGCGGAGAACGCGGGCCUGCAGAACCGGAUCAACGAGUACCUGAACAUCCUGCAGUCGGUGCAGCUGCCCUUCGCCAUGCUGCCGCUGCUGCACCUGACGAACCAGAAGCGGUGGAUGGGCGACUUCGCGAACGGAGGGAAAUUGGCGUACGUGGCCUUCGCGGCCGCGGCGCUCGUGCUCGUCAUCAACGUCGUCCUCGUCGUCCAGUUCGUCGUCGGCCACUUCGACUCGCCGCCGGCCUACGCGGCGUCGGUGCUGCUGGGGAUUUUGUACCUCUACGCCGUCUCCCUCACGGUGCCCGACGCCGUCGCCGCGGUCUUCGGCGGCCGCCGCGCGCGCGUCUCCGUCGACGAGGCCGCCGACGACCUCGCGAACCCGCUCCUCGUCGCCCAAUAA